UUGACAAAUCAACAAGAAUUUAACCUGCGAGUUUUGUCUUAUUGAUUGUAUUUUAAGUACCAAUUAUUAUUUAUUAUCAUAUGUAAUAUGUUAAGAAUUGGGUAACAAAAUUAAGAAAACUUUCGACAUGCUUCCUGGUAUCGGUGUAUUCGGAACUGGUUCUGUAGCUAAAGUUUUGGUGCCUUUCCUCAGGGAGAAGGGAUUUCCAGUCGAAGCUAUAUGGGGUGUGACGGUUCAAGACGCUGAAAAUGCGGCAAAAGAAUUAAAUAUACCUUUCUACACUAAUAAAAUAGACGACGUUUUAUUAAAAAAAAAUGUGAGCCUGGUAUUUAUUGUUUGCGCUCCCAAUUUACAUGCGCAAAUAUCAAUGAAAGCAUUGGGAAUAGGUAAACACGUCGUAUGUGACAAGCCCGCCGGUCUUUGCCAAGCCGAAGCCUUAAAAAUGGUGCGUGCAGCUCAGUAUUAUCCUACACUAAUAUCUAUAAUCAAUCAUUCUCUAAGAUUCUUACCAGCAUUUAGCCAUAUGAGAAAAUGUAUUAUAGAUGGUUAUUUAGGCAAUCCAGGUGACUUGACACUUAUUGAUGUGAGAGUACAAAUGGGAUCUCUACUAGGAGAAACAUAUAAUUGGCUAUGUGAUGACACCAUGGGUGGAGGUACGCUCACUUUAGUGGGAAGUCAUGUGAUAGAUUUAGUUUCAUAUCUCAGUGGGCAGAAAGUUGUGAAAGUACAUGGAGUUUUACGAACAUUUGUGGAUGAGACAUCAAAAGUUAAUGGCAUAAGAAGGAUCACAGCUCCUGAUUUUUGUACAUUCCAAUUACAAAUGGACAAAGGUUUAUUGGUCACAGCAACAUUGAACAAUCACUUGCCGGGACCUUGUUUUAAUCAAGAAAUUUAUGUUUGCAGUAAGAAGGGUUAUUUAGUAGUUCGAGGAGGUGAUUUACAUGGUCGCUUGUAUAAGAGUAACUCUAAAAGUGCUUUAGAAGAUGAAGGUAAAAGACCUCAUGAUAAAGAAGAGGUAAUUUAUGUAGAUAUUGAAGACUUGAGUUGUGCAUCAAGUGUUAUCCCAAAACCAUAUAUUAAAGGUCUUUGUAAAAUGAUAAGUGCGCUUAAGGAAGCAUUUCUUCCUGUAAAGGAACAGAUGGAUUGGAUUAAAGAGCCAGUAAGGACCGCAGCCACCUUUGAAGACGGGCAGAGAGUUCAGGCGACCAUGGAAGCAUUACGCCAAUCUGAUGAAGAUGGUUGCUGGAAAACAGUCCAACUUCUCACUGAACCACCUGACCCGAAUCCAGCUUUAUCAGCAGCUGUAAGACGCACGGCCAUAUCAUUGCAAUAAUUAAUUGAAUUUACACCUCUAUAUGCCAUUAUUACGUACCUUUAUUAUUUAAGUUUAUAUAGGUUCAAGCAAAAUAAUUAAAAUUAAUCAUGCUGUUAAUAUUGUAAGUGAAUAAGAAAUGAAUGAUUUUGGCUUUAAUUAUUGGCAAUGAAACAAUAAUGUAUAAUAUAAUAAAUAGUUGUAUAUGUAACUAAAGGAAAGAACAAUCUAGAAUAUUAAUAACUAUGUUAAAGGAAUUCCAUUAUUUAAAUUACUACUUACUUUAUCUAUCAAGUAACAAGGGAAGUGUGUAUUAAGUAAUUUUUGUAUGCCUAUAUUACAAUUAUCAGUAUUAAAAAUUAACAUUAUUGAACUGAAUUGCCAUAUAUGUUAUUUGCGUUUUUCAACAUAUUUUUAGCUUUAUGGUGCUUUUUCAUUGUAUUCAAUAAUUAUCACAUCCAACCGAAAUCCGAUUGAAAUAUUUUAAUGGGUCCAUAUAUCAGCCACAGUAAAUAAAGAAAUACAAGGAUUGUUUUAAUUCUUA